UUACAAGGGAAUGUGAUUCAGAACGAAGUAAACGUGUGAGAAUUAAGUACUCGAACCAACUAUCGAUUUUGUGUACGUCAGACUUUCCACCAAAAAUCAGAUAAACAUACGAUGUUUACUAAAGCAGCGAAUUCGAAAGUCAAGUUCCAAGACCAACAACUGGAUGAUUACAUCUUAGAGAAUUCGGUACUGAAAAGCAAACUCCAAAGUAAAAUCGAUGCACUUUCAAUAUUGGGUAAAGAGUUGGACAAGUGCAGUAUGGAGAGGGACAAAUACAAAGUGUUGGUAGAGCAGUUGAAGUGCGUACGAAGCACGCCCCACCAGCAGAGCAGUAGCAUGUGCAGGCUCACCCCCACAUACACAAUCAGUGGUGGCGAGCUACUCGCCAAGACACGAGAUCUCAAUGAUAUGCUCAAACUAGAGGUGGAAAGCCUCCGAAGUAAACUGGAAGAAGCCUCAGGGGAUAUAGUUGCAUUGAGAAAACAACUGCAAAAGACAGACUCCACUGACAAUAUAGGUAAUAGAAAACAGUCUACUGCUUUAUCUUACACACCAGAUGAUUAUGAACAAUUAGUACAAGAUCUGGAAAAAUUUCAGAAAAAGUAUCAACAAAUCCACCUCGACUAUCGGGCCACUUUAGAUGAAAAAGAAGAACUGGUUGCUGACAGAGAUUACUACAAAAACAAAGUGCAAAGAUUGAACCAUCAAAUCAGCUUCAUUCUAGCUAACAGAGUCAAGUCCCAACAAGACAAUAGUGCACCAAAACCAGUGGUCGAUUUAGACGCCCUGGUGAUGGAAAACAAAUACCUCCACGAGAGAAUAACCCAGCUGCAAGUUGAAAAGGAAAUUAUUAAAAGGACACUAACAAAGUACAAGGCAUUGCUUGAAAACAGGAAUAAUGGUAAUUCAUUUAGCUUAUCAAAAGGAUUUGCGGAUGUUAUGACUCAAAAACAAGUUCGAGAAUACCUGGAAGUGAACUCAAAAACUGGCCUCAAAAGAACUUCAGCGGCAGAACUAAAGUCUAUUUGUUUAGGCCUCUUUGAGGCCCUCAAUGAUAAGUCCAUUGCUCUACAGCAUCAGAGGAAAACAAAUCAGAUACUAGCAAAUCGUAUUACAGAACUGGAAAAGACAUUGGAAAAUUGGUGCGACGGACAGAAAUACAUACCCAUAUUUCCAUCACAGAUGUUACUUGACGAAUUCUGCGCAGAUGCCGACACCGCAUCUGUGAAAUCUCGGGACUCUAAAGAAAAAUACAAUGACGAUGACACUGGAGAUGUGGAUAAUAAAGUGUCAGACAGUGACAAUGAUGUUAAAAGUACUGAUAGCUCUUCCGAUGACGCAGGAAGCAACUACGAAUUUAAUGACGAUGGUGAAGAUACAAAGUUAACUUCCAAAACUGUUUUGCCAAUAGAAUUAGAAGAGCUAGUUAAAGAAGCGUUGGCUGAAAUUAAAGCUUCUAGUAAUACUGAUAAUAUUGCGGAAAUUCCAGCUCUUUCAUAAAAACAUCUAAUGGAUUAUUUAUCUAAAUUAAACCAUGGAAAAUGGA